GAAAGCGAAACAACCGGUAAGAAAAGUGUAUAAAUGGAAGCUUAAACAUUGAGAAAAAACAGUUACGUCAGUACGUUUGCUAUACUUUGUUGAAUCUUCAGUAAACUCUAUUCUAUUGGAUCUCUUUUGAAAGUUUUUGAAAGUUAAGUAAGCGUUAACAUAGUGUUGUGAGGAUCUCUAAGAAAUCGAGGUUGCUCCACCAGAUAAUUGGCGAGCCAGCCAGGAGUGGCCGUGAGGCCCCGAGACAUGGACGAGGCCACUCCAGCUCUGAGGAAAGGGGGCCCUAGUUUUUAAGAAACUCCCUGCCGGAUAAUGUGCCUGUUGAUGCUGACUUGACGCUGGCGUUGAGCGGUGUAAACGCACCACUGCAUGUUUAUCCUCUGACGUCCAACUCUCCGCAGAGUUACAGCAGCAGGAUGGCCGGGAGCUUCUUCAAAGGACGCCUCCUCUCCUUAUUCGACUACAAAACGGAAAAAUACAUUAUUGCCAAAAAUAAGAAAGUUGGAGUUCUGUACAGACUUUUUCAGUUAUCUAUCAUCGGCUACCUUAUCGGGUGGGUUUUUGUAAGCAAGAAAAGCUACCAGGAGACAGACACUGCCGUCCAGAGCUCUGUAACAACAAAACUAAAAGGAGUUUCGGUGACUAACACCUCCGAGUCUGGUCGGCUGGUGUGGGGACCAGAGGACUACGUCAUCCCCCCACAGGGUGAAGCUGUUCUGUUUGUUGUUACCAAUUUCUUAGAGACGCCAAACCAGAAGCUGGGUUACUGCGCCGAGAGCCCAAAAGUGCUGGAUGGUCACUGCCGAGAUGACGAGGACUGUGAAGAGGAGAAGAUGGUAAUAGCUGGUAACGGAAUUAAGAGCGGACGAUGCUUAAGAAAAGAUGAAAACUCCACUGGUACCUGUGAGAUAUACGGCUGGUGUCCCAUUGAAGGAAAAUUCAAACCGCGAAAACCUCUGUUGUUAAACGCUGAAAACUUCACCAUCUACAUCAAGAAUUUCAUCCUAUUUCCCAAAUUCCAAUUCUCAAAGUCCAACGUCCUCAAAACGAGUGAUGACUCCUUUUUGAGAAAAUGUCGAUUUGACGAGAAGCUCCACCCAUAUUGCCCCAUCUUUCGUCUGGGGGACAUCACCAGACGAGCUGGAUACAACUUCCAGGACAUGGCCACAUUUGGUGGCUCCAUCAGCAUUAUGAUAGAGUGGGACUGUGAUCUUGACAAAGGCUACUCUAACUGUAAUCCACAGUACCAUUUCACACGUCUGGACAUCUCCAACAACUCCAUCUCAUCAGGAUUUAACUUCAGACACACUCGUUAUUUCAGAAAUGCAGCUGGUGAGAGCUAUCGAUCUCUAUUCAAAGUCUACGGUGUCAGGUUUAACAUUAUGGUCCACGGAAAGGCUGGGAUGUUCAGCAUUAUCCCAACAAUCAUCAACGUGGGUUCAGGACUGGCUUUAAUGGGAGCUGGAACUUUCUUCUGUGACAUGGUCCUCCUCUACCUGAUGAAGAAAAGCAACUCUUAUCGAGAAAGGAAAUUUGAAGGACCGAAGUAGGAAAAAGCAACACAUUGGUUUAGAUCUAUGAGGCGUCACAGUGCGUAUUAUACUAUAGUAUUAACGGUGAUAAGAGCCUUCAUUGGUGCAAAGAAACUGAAGCGUUUGUUGGUCUAUUCAGGUGUAUAAUUGUAGUUAAAUGAAAUGUGGAUAAUAUCUGGUUAAACAUGUAUAUAUCUUUUUUUAAAUGCCUUAAAAUUACGCAUUGUGAAACAUGGCUUAUUUCAAAAAGUUCAUUGUAAUUGGUGUUGUUAAUAAUGUGGAUAAUAUGUAGUUUAACAGGUAUGUGAACGUGUUUAAAGAAAGAAAUUGACCGCUAAGGACAGAAAUGGUGCCACAGUACUGGACAAAUGUGAGAUUUUUAGUAAUAUGCCAUUGUUGGUUAUAGUGUAUAACAAUACAUAGAAAGGUUGUCAUGUCAAAAUGACAUACAGCAGUUUAAUGUGUACUGGUGUGAACUCGUACACUAUGAGCCUUGUUCAAGUUGUUAGUUAUCAGAUGCUACUUUAAUUUUCCUUUUCUUCAAAAGAAAAUUGCAAAACCUAAAUAAAACCACAACUCUAUAACAGGUCUGAGUCUAGACUGAAGUUAUUCAAGACAUACAAGUGAGAGGAAAAACUGAAAUAAAGAGGACAUGCAAACUUCUCCGGGAAAAGUAUUCACUGAGAUGAAGCUCACUUUUUUAACAGAUGUUGUUUACUGCUUGAUUUUUCAUAGAUCAAUAAUUCAUGUGAAUGAAAAAUACCUCAUAAAUGGUGUGCCAGUUUUCCUCCAACCUGUUUUUCUCUCUGAGUGGUACAUCAGUGACGUAGGUAAACUAAACGUGUUGAUAGAUACAGACUGCUAAGUUGAUGUAAAUAGAAGUUUUAAUAAAA